CGCCAAGCCCCCACCGGUGGGAGGUGCGUCCGCGCGUGAUCGCGGGGCCGCCGGGCGGGCGCAGUGUUAUCCACACAGUGAAACAUUAUUGUCAGAAAAUUUCAGCCUCGUGGAUAGUAAUUUUAACGCCGGUACCACCUGUUUCUGGACAGUUCCCUUGGAGGAGCGUAGAGUCAGAAGCCGAGAUACUGGUGUGUAUGUGUGAACUGGAAACUUUGGACCUUUUGAAGGAACUCAAUGAGUGGCUUUGAACUGUACACAAAGUCAGAGAUCCUAUCAGAAGCUGCCCCCGCCCAUCCAACAUGCUUCUCCUUGCUGCGGAGCUCCCUGGGGGGGAGUUGGAACAGAUCCCAGUGUAGACAGCCGUACAGAUGCUCCUGAAAGCAGAUCACAGAUGGCUGAGUUAAUCUAGUCCACCUCCAGUCCGUUUCCUCCUGGACUUGUCAGCGGUGCAGAGAUGCUUCUGGAAAGGAACCUGCCCGGAAGGGAAGUUGUCUUUUCAUAUUGAUUCAAGAGUGAGCAAGAGGCAGAAACCACCUGGCUGGACCACACCUGGCGUCACUGGGCUGGGGACACCCGUUGGGGACAGAGAAGCGCUUCUAGGAAGAAUACCAGAUGAAGAGAAUGAAGCCAUCUGGAGAGUAAAUGGCCACCACCACUCCCCCAGAGACAAAGUCAGCAGCUUGGUGGAACUACUUUUUCCUGUAUGACGGUUCCAAAGUAAAGGGAGAAGGAGACCCAACCAGAGCUGGCAUCUGCUACUUCUAUCCGUCCCAGACCCUGUUAGACCAGCAGGAACUGCUCUGUGGCCAGCUUGCCGGAGUCGUGCGCUGCCUGUGGGACCUUUCGGGCAUCCCGCCCACGCUCAUCCGUCUGCGGAACCUCAAGUUUGCCAUCAGGGCGGAUGGGGACUACCUGUGGGCUCUGGGGUGUGGUAUGGAGAUCUCUGACACCAGCUGCAAGCAGUUUCUGGAUCAGCUCAUUGGAUUUUUUCAUUUCUACAUGGGCCCUGUCUCCCUGGCCUACGAGAGCCAUCCUCAGGAGAAGCUGAGCUUGCAGUGGGAAACCUCCAUCACACAAGUCCUCAGGAGCACCAGCGAGUCGCACAGGAUCUUCAAUGCCCUGUGGAACCUGGACCGCACCAAAGUGGAGCCCCUGCUGCUGCUGAAGGCAGCCCUCAUCUUACAGACCUGCCAGCGCUUCCCUCACGUGCUGGCCGGCUGCAUCCUCUAUAGAGGACUGAUUGUGAAUUCCCAGCUCCCGCCUUCCCUCACUGCCAAGGUCCUGCUUCAUCAGACUGUACCUGCAGACCAGAGGCUGCCUGGAGCAGGAGCUGCCCCACAGGAAACAGGAGCGACGUUGCCCCCCAAUGUGCAGAUCACCUCUGUUUUUCUGAGUGAGGAGGAAGUUGCCAGCCUCCACGAGUUCCCAGUAGAGCAUGAAGCUCGACUCCAGGGAAGUUCAUCUCUGUACCCUCCCCUGGAUCAAAGCAGCCCCACCCAGGCAGAAGAUGCCUGGGCAUCAGCCACCAUCCCGGAGCCCACGCCGCACGAUGGAGCCACCGUUCCGGAGCCCACACCGCACGAUGGAGCAUGGCCGAGUGGCAGCCGGGCAGGUGGACGCUUGCCCAGGCUUGAGCAGGAGUGUGCUGGGCCCACAGGACUGUGCACCACUGCCUGUGGCCAGGGCUCCGGCCUCAGCAGCAGGCUGCAGAAGGAGCUGUGUCUCUCCCGGGAGGAACUGGACUCGGCUGAGAUGCACGUUUCUGAGGCUCAGGAAGCCUUCCCACCUGUGCCUGCCCUGGGUGAUCUGGAGACGAUCCACACCAGCCGCAAUGCCCCCACCCUGCCUGAAGACACAGCCAUUUGCAGCUGCCUGGAUCCUUCCCCUCUUGAUAAGCUCCCUGAGAGUGGAAGGCUGGAACAGCUUGCAGACCUGCCCCUCGCCAAUGGCCAAACCCGGGUUCCUGGCACAGACCCUCUCCCCAGCAGCAGUCCUGUGGCCUUUCCUCCCCAGCAUCCUGUGGGUGUAGAGCCCAGUGUGGAGCUGUACGGGAAUGGAGCCCAGGAGAACCACUCAGCCCUGGCACACAGUUCCCGCACAGCUGACUCUCAAGACCUCAGCCCCUCUGCAGACAGAAUUCUCUUCAAGUCAUCCCCAUCUGGGUGCCACCCAGGGCUCGUACCCAUGAACCUCUACACCCAUAGUGUGAACGGACUGGUGCUGUCCCUGCUGGCUGAAGAGACUCUUCUCAGCGACACUGCAGCCAUCGAGGAGGUGUACCACAGCAGCCUGGCGUCGCUGAACGGGCUGGAAGUCCACCUGAAGGAGACGCUGCCCAGAGACGAGGCUAGCCUCACAGGCAGCACAUACAACUUCCUGCAUUAUGACCGCAUCCAGAGCGUGCUCUCAGCCAACCUGCCCCUAGUGGCUGCUCCCCAGGACCGCCGGUUUCUGCAGGCCGUCAACCUCAUGCACUCCGACUUUGCCCGGCUGCCUAUGUUGUAUGAGAUGACCAUCAGGAACGUCUCCACAGCUGUGUAUGCCUGCAGCAGCCCUGCCCAGGAGACCUACUUCCAGCAGCUGGCGCCCACUGCCCGCAGCUCUGGCUUCCCGAACCCUCAGGAUUGUGCCUUCAGCCUCGCGGGCAAAGCCAAGCAGAAGCUGCUGAAGCACGGGGUAAACCUGUUGUGAGCUGGGCGCAGCCUGUGUGUCACGGGGGCUGUGGAGUGGCCCUUCUGGACCGUGUCCCCAAUGCUAAGGGUUGAGCGGGACCUUGCUCCUCAGUGGCAGCUGCGUGAACUGACUGGGCUCAGGUUCUGUCAUGUGGAAGUGAUUUGAGGGCGGGUCGGCUCAGGACUGCAGCCGCAGGGAUCUCAGCUGACCCAUGGGCUUUGUAACCUGAUGGUGCUGAGCUCCAGGUUUAUGAAGCAGAUUCCCAAAGGCUCAAAAAUAA